GCUAUUUUCUGACUGAGUCUAACAAAAUUGGGUCAAUCUAUCCAUCAUUGCGUCAGGAUUUCAUCCAACUUCAUGUAGACUGUUGUGAAUCUAAUGUACCUGUGGGCCAACACUCCUUAUCAAAGGGAAAAGGUGAAAGAAGAAGACGACAAAGUCGACAAAAAGGAGGCAUUUACGUUUGUUGAGGCUUUUCGCUGAAAUUUCGGCGAAAUAAUGACCGAAGAGAAGGGAAUAGAAGGAGGAGAACGCGUCAUCGCUUGGACUACACUCCGCUUUCUUUCACUCUGCUUGGACCGUGGACUAAGUCUUUCUUACUCACUCUCUCUCCUUUUCCCAGUCAAUACUUCUUCACUUCAUUUUAUCUUUCCAAACUUUAAUGUAAUCAUGGAAAUAUAAAUAACUCUUCUCUCACUCUUAUCUGUAAAUCACCCUUAACUGCAUUUAUAUGAGCCCCUUCUCUCUCUCUCUAUCUCUACAUGUUAAGGACCGAAUUCAACUUCAAAAUCUGCACUUCCCCUUUGAUUCUUUAGGCCAGUUAAAGUUCAUGGUAGCACCAGGUUUUCUUCAUGUUCAUGUGAUGUUCUUCGAGUUCUUUGGGUUUAAAUUAUCUGCGUUUUCGAGCUAAACAAGCAUUGAGUCCAGUGAGGAAAUCCCUUCAGUUCUUCUUCUAAGUAACUGUGUACCCAUUCUUCUUCUUCGACUGCUCUUUCGAAUUUGGAGGUUUUAACUCAGAGAUACCCAUGACAGCUCCUUCAAUUCGAAUUUAUAGUUGGCUUACUCUUCUCUCUUUGACCCUUCAUUUGCACAUUUCUGAGUGAAAAUGCGUGCCCUCUGCACUUUCAUAAAGAAAAGGUGAAUUCUCUCACAAAACCCACCUCCAAAACACCAUCCUGAGUCACCAAGACUCCCAAAUUUGGGGUUAUAAUAAUUUGAUUUCGGAAAAGUAAUGGAGGUAAUCGGUGAGUGGGAGCGGAAACUGUUGGUCCAAGAAUUGAGUGCAGGACAGGAAGCAGCAAAGGAGCUUCUCAGCAAUGCUGAAAAUGCCGUUGCAAAGGAGGCCAAGGUGCAAAAGAUACUGGCUUCCAUCUCAAACGCCCUCUUAUUGCUCCGGCAAACAGAUGCGACCGACGAUUCGCCCGAUUCCGGGAGCCGGAGCCCCUUGAGUGACGAUUCAGGCAAGAGCUAUGCCCGGCCCUCUAAGGACCAGGACGGGCGUGAGAUUUCGAAAAAGAGGAAGACGCUGCCAAAGUGGACGGAGAGAGUCAGCGUUGCUGCGGAAAGUGGGUGCGAAGGUUCGCUGGGAGACCGUUACACGUGGCGAAAGUACGGUCAGAAGGACAUACUCGGAGCCAAAUACCCUAGGGGUUACUAUAGGUGUACUCACAGAAACUCCCAAGGCUGCCCUGCAACCAAGCAAGUCCAGAGAUCAGAUGAUGACCGUUCAAUCUUCGACAUCACAUAUCGCGGAAAGCACACUUGCAUCUAUUCAACCCACCGGAAUCCGACCAACUCACCGAAAAGCCAGCCAGAAAUUGUCCUUAAUUUCAAGGCAGGUGGCCUCAACAUCAAGACCGAAGCACCCGAACAUGCCGAGAUGAUUGGUUCUUCUCCUUCUUUCUCUUUUCCUUGUACCCCAACUGUCGACUCAAAGGGCAUAUUUUCGCCGGCGAGAUCAGCACCUGAGAACCAAUUUUCGGGCAGAGGAUUCUCACCUGCUUUUGUGUCUCCGGCAACAUCGGAAUCAAACUAUUUUGCAGGGCUUGGUGAAAUACUCUCAGCUCCAAAUUCUUCAACAAACUCACCAAUGAUGGAUAUGGAUCUUAUGCUUCAUAAUGUGGAAUUUGAUCCAGAAUUCCAAUUUGAUGCCUCUGAGUUUUUCUGAUUUUGCUUAACUGGGUCUUUCUUUUAUUUUUUGUUGAUAAAUUUAGAGAAAUAGAGGGAAGGGGCUCAGAUUUGGGAGAGAGAUAGAGAAAUGGCUCUGUUUAGGUAGAGGAUCAGGGAAUCCUAAAAUUGUAUAGUAAAAAGAGUAAUAGUUGUUGGAGUCUGAUGAGGAGAUAGUGUAACCUGUUCAUUUUUCUUCCAAAAAGGUAAUUGUCUUAUAUUAUGUCUUUA